CUCCCACACAGCACGUUCUCCUUCCCCGGAGAGGAAAAACGAACCAAACAAAACAACGAGCUUGGAAUAAUAUGGUGGAUUGGAAGCGAGCCAGGAAAACAGCGAGGCAGAGAGCACUUUGGCGGUGCGCUCGGACGGCGAGGUUGUCGACGACGGCCGGGGAGCCGGGGACCGCAUGGGACGGCCGGGAGCACGUGGACGGAUCGGACAACGCACAGGGCGAGCAGUACUGCAGCAGCAGCCCGUGAUACACGUUGGUUUCGACGCGAUGCGCGCGUCCUCGACAACGUGCUGCUACUACUGGUCGCCGUGUGGUUCGGGCAUGCAUUUCCUUCCUCUGGUCCUGCCCCAAUCCAUGUCGACGUAUCGAUCACCUUCACCAGCUGACACCUUCUCCGGGGCACCUUCUAGGAUAUGCUAGCUAGUGUACAUGCAUGCAGUUUCAUGGGCUUGGCUCUGAGUGACAGCAUAUCCGUUUAUCCGGUGCACGGCCUUCUUUCAACUAUCAAUAGGCGAUCUACUGGAUUGGUUUCAGGUCUUGUGCGUGUCCGUAUAGGCGUUUGUAAAAAAAAACGAGGAAACCACGAGUUUCAGCUCCGCUUAAGAUCAGUUGUCUCCAAGAGCCACUGACACAUACUACUACGUACGGUGCGGACGUGCGUCGUGGGCUCGUGGCAACCAAGCUGUCCGAAUGCAGCAAGAUAUUUCCGGGCCUGCGGAUUCGGCUGCAGCAGUGCACGAGAUCUCGCGGAAAAAGGGUGCCAGCAAGUCGGUGAUGCCCCGGCGGCCGCGCGCGCGUCCUCUUCGCCGUCGACGUCGUCUCCUCGCCCACAGCGGCGGUCGCAUCCGCCGCCCGCGUCGCUUCAUGCUCCUGCUGUGUUGGACGCCAUCGACGAGCAGGGGCGGAUCCAGAAAAAAAUAGCAGUGUAGUCUGAGCAAACUAGAUAGAGUUAUAGUCCCCUUUCCAUCUACAUAUGGUAAAAAAUUUUAGUGGGGUCUUCAUGGGGUCUCUCAUAGUCUUCACGCCAGUAGUGGGGGCUCGAGACCCCGCCGCCCCCAUGCUGGAUCCGCCCCUGUCGACGAGGCCGUCGGCAAGCUCAAGUCCGUCCUUGAUAACGGCGAAGGCGACCUCGACGAGGUGGUGCUGCAGGCGGAGGAGCUGAUGGCACCGCUGGAGAGCCACUACAGUGGGUGGCGGCGGUGGCUUUAGUGGGAUUCCGUCCAGGCGGUCGUGGAUGCGUCGCCGCCCCGGCUCCCGCCGCCGUGUCGCCUCGUGCUCCUACCUCCGCGUCACCGGCCGUGUCGCCUCGUGCUCCCGUGCUCCCGCCACCACGUCGCCGGCCGCCCCGGCGUCCUCCUCCCCACCCGCCCCGGUAGUUGCCCAAGAGGAGAAGUGAGAGAAGAGGGGAAAGAGAUAGUGGCUGACCUGGACAGGCUGACUCGUGGGGCCCACGUAGGUCCCACGCUGACUCAGCUGUCACAUAGACCAAAACCAAGAUAAAAAAUGCUGAAGGAUUUCGGGUGACCGGUUUUAUAUAGUUAAGGGACCCCGUAUAUCUAGUUUUACGAUUCGAGGACGUUUUUGUAUCUCGCUGAAAAGUUGAGGGACCUUUGGUGCACUUUUUCCCCAAAGUUUCAACUCCGCCACCAACUAAACUUGGACCCAAUCCCAUCAAUUUCUAUUCGCACAUGCGGAAUUAGCGGAAUUACCUGCAACGACUCCACGCUACCAAAGGAUGGCAUUGCGCCAACUGCAUGGCUACUGCAUGGUGGUGUCAACUGCCACAUACCCCACCUCUAAAUCCCAAUCGCAAUUUAUAAGGAGAAGAUAUGCCUGUCGCAGCUGAAGCAUCGCCAAUUCAAUUCACAAUUACCUGCACGCAUGGCGCGUUCCUGCAGCAGCAGCGGCAGCGAUCAUAGUAGCUACGACCUCGCGUUAACGUUGCGGCGGAAGCUCCUGCUCCUCGACAUCCUCGCCGUCCUCCGCUUCCUCGCGGCGGCCCUCCUCGAGCGUCUCGGCGUCGUGUCCUGCCAGGAGGACAAUGAGCUCCCCGGCUGCCACUCCUGGUGCGACAGCGACGUCGUAGACACCGGCGCGAUGGAGCGCCUCAUGCAGGCGAAGCUCAGUACGUCGUGGUACAGGCUACGGCGGCGUGCUUCGCGGGGCGGAUCAGACAACAUGGCCUCGCCGCACGGCGACACGAGCGCGGACAUCUGCACGAUUUGCUUGGCGGAACUGGAGGCUGGAGGUGGAGGAGGAGGAUGCCAGCGCCAGGUCGCGGAGCUGAGCAGCUGCUCGCACGCGUUCCACGCCGCGUGCAUCGACGGUUGGGUGGUGGAGGCGGGAACCUGCCCUCUGUGCCGCACGCCGGUACUACCGCCUUGGCAAAUGGCGGCAUAGUGUUUUAUCGAGCUUGUACAGUACAAAACGAGCUUAAAUGUAGGAGUACAUUUUUAUAGCUUCAACAAUCAUGCCUGUUGGCAACUUCCCGUGUUCUAGCUGCAACCUGGACGAUCUUCAGGUUAGCAAUAGAAAAAAGCAUAAUAAAUUAACAGUGUUUUCUUUA